AUGGCGGCCCUGAGAAAGGGAAUUGACAUGAUCGACAAUUAUGUCGGAAGGUCAACUUUUGGCCGGAUCUUCCGCCUCGAAGGUUGCGGCCAUGAGAAGGAAGUGCCUAAUACCAAAUUCUUGCGUGAGAUACGUGCAGGCAUAACCACGUUCUUCACCAUGGCAUACAUUAUCUCAGUCAAUGCAUCGAUUCUCGCAGACUCCGGGGGAACCUGUGUGUGCAACGACCCGAAGGACCCAACCUGUGCUACCAAUGAUGAGUACAAUCUCUGUUUGCUGGAUAUCAAACGUGACCUGAUCACUGCCACCGCAGCCAUCUCCGGUCUUGCCUCAUUCCUCUUCGGCUUCAUGACUAACCUUCCGGUAGCACUGGCCCCCGGCAUGGGUCUUAACGCCUACUUUGCGUACCAAGUUGUUGGAUUUCACGGCACGGGACCUAUCUCCUACCGUUUGGCGCUUGGCGCUGUGUUUAUCGAAGGAUUCAUCUUUAUGUUUCUUGCACUUGCUGGUAUGCGCCAAUGGCUUGUUCGUCUACUACCGAACAGUAUCAAGAUCGCCAGUGGUUGCGGCAUUGGCCUUUUUCUGUCCAUGAUUGGCCUUUCCUACUCCUCUGGUAUUGGCGCGAUCACUGGCGGUGCUACUGCGACCGUUGUCGAUAUUGGUGGCUGUCCUGAACAAUAUCUGGACGAUGUCACCGGGGCUUGCAACUCACACAAAAUGCAGAAUCCGACACUUUGGAUUGGCCUCUUAUGCGGUGGCAUAUUGACUGCAUACCUCAUGUCGUACAAGGUGAAGAGUGCGAUCGUCAUUGGUAUCGCCGUGGUCUCGAUUAUCUCCUGGCCCCGACCAACGAGUUUUACGUACUUCCCAUACACCAGCGUGGGGAAUGAGCGCUUUGAGUUUUUCAAGCAAGUUGUUAGCGUUCGUGGUAUUCAAAACACGCUAAACGCGAUCGACUGGAACGUGAUGAAAGCACCAGGCCAAUUCGCCCUCGCUCUCUUCACAUUCUUAUAUGUUGAUAUUAUCGAUUGCACGGCCACUUUAUACAGUAUGGCGCGCUUUUCAGGUGUCGUGGAUCCAAAGUCUGGCGAUUUUCCGCGUUCCACGGUUGCUUAUUGCACUGACUCGCUAUGCAUCUCCAUCGGAGCGCUAUUAGGUAGCUCGCCAGUUACAGCUUUCAUUGAGUCUGGUGCGGGGAUUGCUGAAGGAGGCAAGACGGGUCUAACUGCCAUGACAACUGGUGUUUGCUUCCUUAUUUGCAUUUUCUUUGCUCCAAUUUUUGCUUCAAUCCCACCGUGGGCCACGGGCUGCACCCUUGUCAUCGUCGGGUGCAUGAUGAUGCGACAGGUUACACUUAUCAACUGGCGCUACAUUGGUGAUGCCGUACCAGCUUUCGUCACGCUUUUGUUUAUGCCGUUCUCUUACUCAGUUGCUUAUGGAUUGAUUGCCGGUCUGCUUACCUAUGCUGUUUUGAAUGGAAUGACCUGGAUCACUCGUAUUGUGUCCAUGGGCAACAUUAUCCCGGCAGAUGAAGAGCACAAAGAAUAUUGGACAUAUAAGCCUGCUGGCACUUUGCCUUGGUUCAUCAGAGCUUGCCAGGAUCCAAGGAGCAUAUUCCACGGUGGCGAAGUCGACCACAAUAUUCGUGAGAUUGCACAAUCGGAACACUCUAGCUUCGAAGAGAUGAAGGGACGUGAGUAUGUCAGCACGCCGCCUAUGGAGAAGAACUCUACCACUCUCAACGUUCACGAGAACAAGGUGCCGUAUUCGCCGCGGCCUACGUAUGACCCAAGCGCUAGACGGUACUAG